AUGCAGGAUGGAUUUGAUUCUUUGGGAAAUUGGAACUCCUCCGAUCAAACACCUUGCGGAUGUUUGGUCCACUUAACUUUUCUUGAUCUUUCGGACAAUGGUCUCGUGGGAGGUAUCCCUAAUGAGAUAGGAAAGUGUACGAGUUUGGAAAGAAUUUAUCUGAACAAUAACAAGUUCACUGGCCAAAUACCUUCUGAAGUGGGUAAGCUGUCAAACUUAACAAGUUUGAACCUUUGUAAUAACAGAAUCGGUGGUCCUAUUCCGGAGGAGAUUGGGAACUUGUCUUCACUGGUUGAGUUUGUGGUCUACACCAACAAUAUUACUGGUUCAAUACCUCAUUCUUUUGGGAAUCUGAAGAAUCUGGUAACGUUUAGAGCUGGGCAAAAUGCUAUUUCUGGAGGGGAAUUGCCUAAGGAGCUUGGGAUGCUUCAGAGCUUGACAGAUAUGGUUCUGUGGGGUAACCAGGUCUCGGGUGUUAUACCUAAGGAGCUUGGAAAUUGCUCUAGGCUUGAGACAAUUGCUUUGUAUCAGAACAAUCUUGUGGGGCCUUUACCUCCAGAAAUUGGGAACCUAAAGUCAUUGAGGAAGUUGUACAUUUACAGGAAUGGCUUGAAUGGAACCAUUCCAAGGGAAAUUGGAAAUCUUUCUUUGGCAGCUGAGGUUGAUUUCUCAGAGAUAAGUAAGAUAAACGGUCUAACCUUACUGUAUCUUUUCCAGAACCAGCUUACUGGUGUGAUUCCAAAUGAACUGAGUAGCUUGGGGAACCUGACAAAGCUUGACCUUUCAAUUAAUUAUCUCAAGGGUCCUAUUCCCGAUGGGAAGAAUACCUCCAUAUAUUUGUCAAUGUUCCAGUCUAAUUUUGUUGAACCUGGACUAUGCAAUUUGCCAAACCUUUCUGCAAUUGGGUUGAACCAGAACAAAUUCACUGGUCCAAUUCCUUCAGAGAUUGGAAACUGCCAAAAGUUGCAAAGGCUUCAUAUUUCAGACAACUACUUUACAUCUGAGUUGCCAAAGGAAAUAGGAUACCUGUCUCAACUGGUGACUUUCAACACAUCAUCCAACUUGCUCACCGGGUGGAUUCCACCAGAAAUUGUUAACUGCACGAUGCUUCAGCGACUUGAUCUCAGUCGAAAUAGGUUCAUAGGUGCUUUGCCAGAUGAGCUGGGAACGCUUAGCUUCUCAGGCUUUCAGAAGAUAAUUUCACUGGAAACAUACCAGCAGCAUUAG